UGGUCCAGUAGUUGCAUGUUACUAUGCGCUUGCAAAAUCUGUCACAGCCCUCCUUCAGUACCUUGCCAACAGGAGCAACGCUAACGCGAACCCCGUUUGUCGCUAAUUUGUCGCAUUGGAUUGGUUAGGCGGCGGUAAUUUAGGUCUCAGCUCAGCUAACCACCGUCCUGCCAUUCUGUAAUACAAAACUAGGAGAGAAUCGUUUGCUGUUAUAGUUUAUGUCUAUAAAAGUUAUCGGCUAUUUUGACUAAUAACUAGCCUGUUUUUGGCGACGCGGUGUUUUUUUUUUUAAGUUUCUCACAACGACAACUGGUCACAGAGGGACAUCAAAGGCAGGAUGUUACUUAACAUUAGAUUGGCAAACGGAGCCCUGGGCAGAGCCCGUGCCAACCUUUUGCGCGGGUACAGCGAUGCCAGUCAGUUUCACUUUCAGGAUGGGAAUACUCCAGACACAGCUGGAACAUGACUGCAAAAAUCUGUAUCCUUUGCGAUGCUACAGCAUUUUCGUGUGUAAUUUAUUGCCGCUGCUGCCUUACGUGGCAGCAUCUCUCUGAGUGUGGGACACCAUGGAGCAGCUAGAAGAGGAACUUACGUGCCCAAUCUGCUGCGGUCUCUUCGAGGACCCACGGGUCUUGUUGUGCUCGCACAGCUUUUGCAAGAAAUGCUUGGAGGGACUCCUGGAGGGGAACCGGGGUCCAGCUUUCAGAGCACCUUUCAAAUGCCCCACAUGCCGCAAAGAGACCCCUCACAACGGCGCAAACAGCCUGCAAAUCAACUAUUCUCUUCGCGGAAUAGUGGAGAAGUACAGCAAAAUAAGGGUUAUGCCUAAGAUGUCUGUUUGUAAACAACACUGCAGCCAGCCCCUUAACAUAUUUUGCGCCACGGACUUAAAACUCAUUUGUGGGUUUUGCGCAACUACAGAUGACCACAAAGGGCAUAAAUUCUGCUCCCUGGAGGAGGCAUAUGAGCGAGAGAAGGAGGCGUUUGAAGAGCUGCUUCACGGGGUGGAGAGCUGGCAGAGUGCAGAUAUUCUGUCCUGCCUGGAGACACUACAAACCAGUAAGAAAAAGGCUCUUAAUUCGGUGACCAAGGAUGCAGAAGAGGUAGCAGACUAUUUCGACAGACUCAUCAGUGCCCUUGAAUGCAAAAAGAAUGAGAUCCUCUCCGAUUUUGAAACACUGAAGCUGGUGGUGAUGCAAGCGCACGACCCGGAGAUCACCAAGCUCAGCGCAGCGCUGGAGGAGCAGAGACGGGCGCUCAGCAUCGCGGAGUCUUUCAGGAGCGUCUCCGACCCCCUGUGCUUUCUGCAGCAGAUGCAGGAGUUUCGGGAGAAGUUUGAGCUCCUUCAGGAGACACCCCUGCCCUCCCGGAAAGAGAUGGACGUCGGUCCCCUUGUGCGCAAUUUCGAUGUGAAAAAGUGGGAUUCACUGAGGCUCAGAGAAGUGGACAAGAUUUCGGUCCCCCACGAGAGUGGAUCAUACCGAGUCGGGGGCUCCCGGAUGGCAGCGCGCAGAUGGAUCGCCUUAUUUAUGAGUUUGUUACUGCCAGCUCUACUCCUGCUGCAGCCGCACAACCUUGCAGCCUACGUGACCUCGCAGCUUGAACCAUUUCUCACUACAGUUUCCUCACACCUUACCCACACUGGUGUGUGCUUGCGGGAAAUGACUGACAUGUGCACAAGUUUAAUGGGUGCAGGCCAGGAAUGUAUCGUGAACUUAAUUGACUCCACUGUCAGUUUUAUUGGCAGUUGUAAGUUGUUUUAAUUACUAGCCUGUGGCAUCUCAUCCACUCAUAGCUACAAAUUGUUUUCCGAGUGACCCGUGAGAUGCACAACACUAGCGACAGAUAUGCACCUGAUUACAUGGAAACACUUGUUUACUCAAUUGAUUACCACUACUACUUCUGUUUUCGCCUUUUUUUUGCACAACUUCUCUGAAGCCAUAGAAUCAAAUAGAAUUAAUCUUUACUCCAGAGGCUGUAGCCUUCAUUUACAUCAGACAGACUCUAAUUCAUAUUUCUUUCCACAAAUUAUUCUUUUUAAUACAAUGGCAAUUUUAUACUUCUCCGAGAUUAUCCUAAAUAAAACUGAGAAAUUU